UGUCUGCGCGCAUGAUGGGGUAAUGUCACGUCUAGUGACAGAAACGUGAGCUAAGAUUUGUUUGUUUGAAAAGGAUAGUACAAUUUAUGUAAAAUGCUGAAGACGCCAGUGCAUCGUUGCAGUGCGAUAACCACUGGGUUGAAACAUCUAUGUGUUUCAAAUGAGAGUGGAUCAUGUCUGUUGAUGCUUCGUUCGGGUCGACAUGGCAAUCGUCUCCUUUCUACCAGCUCAUCUGUCUGCGGAAAAGCUCUUCCAAGGAAGAAACCCAGGGAAGUCGUAGAAAUAAGUGGUCUUGAAAAUAUCUCAUAUGCCGAGAGAAUGCAUUUCGUUCCUGGGUUGGCAAAACCCAUUUUUUCAGUUUGGAAGCCUGAUUUUAAGGACCCUUUCCAUUAUAAGUCACCAAAACCUGAGGAAAUGGCACUGUAUAAGGAUAAAUCCUGUUACGUGUUCCAUCAAAGGACGAGUCUAAUGGAAGGUGUGAAACAGACCCUCUGGCUGACUAAAUCCAAGCUAAUCAAAGGAAUACCUGCUCAGAUCAUGGCACUGGCUGAUGAUCCAGCAUGUCAGAUCGAGAAUCAGGAUGAACGAGUACAGAAUGCUAUCAAACAUGCCCGUUUCUGGGACACCACAGAGACCCGACCUCCGAGAGAGAGGUUCUGUCCCACACUCCUAAACAGCCUGCUGCACCUGUGCGGCCUUCAGCAAUUCAAACACCCUGCUUUGGGAGAGAGGCUGCUGUCUCGGGACUAUAGCCUGGCAGCCUCGUGGCACAGAGGUGAGGACCUCAUCCAGGUGAGAGGGAAGAAUGGGAUGCUGCUCAACAGCAAGUCCCCCUUGCCUGCCAUGGCUGACCAGGAGGAGGUGCUAAGCACAGCCGACAGCUUUUUGGAGACCUUCUACCCCAUCGCGCCCACAAUCGACCUGCAGAACAUCAAUGUCUACGACGUGAAGACAGACACCGGGUUCCGAGAAGACUACGCUUAUCCGCAUGCUCACACGCUCUUCUUCACUCACCUGAAGGACGGCUUCCUUGAGCAGCUGCGGGCGAAGAUGGUCAUGUUUGCCUUUGGAAACGCGCUUGCUCGUGCCAGAGCCCUGUACGGGCCAGAACCACAGGUCCUGGAGAAGCCAGUGGUGCUGCAGAGUGUCGCCACCAACGGCCGUCUCUUCCAGUUCGUGGUGUUCCAGUUGAACACCACAGAUCUGACCACCGACAAUGGAGUAAAGAACUUGGUGUGGAUGGAGGAGCAGCCACUUUAUGACUUUGCUAAGGUCCGGCCACUCAUCAAAAAGAAGGUUGUACAGGUGCCUGCUGGCCUGGCUGGGUACCACCCUGACACGUUCAAGAAGUUCCUGGCAUUCUACCUACAUGGAGCAGUGUGAGCUGAGGGCAAUAAUACGCGAUCAAACCAUCACGUUGAUUUUUUGUUGUUGUUUAUAUGUUUAUAACAUGUGCUCAAAACAUCCCGUUGAUUUGUUUUGUUGUGGUUUAUAUCAUCCACUGAGUAAAACUUAUUCCAAAGUUUAAA